UAACAAGACUAGUUGAAAUAGUGUCAGAGUGCUACCAAGAUGCUUUUUUUUGCUAAAUUGUCUUGAGUUGUCCACUUAAAAGCAUUCCAAACUAAUUUCCGUCUUUUUUUUUUUAGUCUGAGAUGAUUGCCUGCAUUGCCCUAUCAUCGGCAUAAGCCACUGCAUGUGUAAAUUCCUUUUUUUCUAGUUAGGUGUGCAUAAAAAAUGUAAACAAUCAUUCGAUAGACAGGUGCCAUCUACAUCGCUGUACGUUGGCAAUUAUCUAGUAGAGCUACUAACAAAGUCUAGAGUGUUCAACAAUGGCGCUGAUGUCUGUAAUGCGUUUGAUAUUCGAAGCUUGAUGAAUGAAUGAAAAUUACUAGCGGUGAUUGUGCUGCAGAUUAGUGGUUUGAGCCAUUCAAAAGCUUCGAACACCAGGGGGAUAGGAAGAGGCGCGAGCAACGUGCUUGUUGUGCUUACAAACUAGUUUGUUGACGUCGCGAGCGUUCCAUCUCCCAGUCGCAUAGCCCAGCUAGAGUCGCUUCCAUAUAUGCCACCGCCACAGUUGACUGCCAAUAAAGUUCGAGACAUCGUCGCGUGCAGACGUGUGUCUACGCGUAGUCAACUCGAAGAGAUAUAUAAAUAAAAGUGAAUAGAAACCCAGGCGAAUGCGCGAAAUUUCAAUAUAAAAACGAAAGUGAAUUGCGACGAAAGUGGUUAGGAAAGUAAAAUAGGGAACAAAAAAACGGGAAGAUAAGGAAGAGGUCGAAAGCUUUUUUCUAUAUAUACUAAUACUUAUUUAUGUGGGAAAUUUUACUUUGAAGUUCGUAUUAAAAUGCAUUGGAGUUGGAUACAUUUCUUUGUCCUUGCGACAGGAGUAAUAUAUAACAUUCAUUUAAGCUAUGGUUGGAAACCUAUAGUGGGUGGUUCUAUUACAACCUCCUUCAAUCUACAGCAAUCCCAUCCCGGUUCAGCAACAAGCGCAAAAACAUUAACUCUUGGCAGUAGUUCUGUUGAAAGUUCUGAGUAUUCGUCGUCGCCCUUACUUCCACAGAAGUCCGCGAGCAAGGUGUUAAGUGGUGUUAGCGAUGCCAUCGCAAUAUCAGCACCUUUGACAGGACUGCCUGGAUCACAUACUGGAUUGAAGUUUGAAACCGACGAAUUUGAAUAUGAACGCGAUUUAUUCGGUGGUGGGGACUUUGGAGAGGAUCACUGCGCUGUAAAAAAGUUCGCCUUUAAUCACGAUGGUACCGUUGCAUACGAAAAUGAUUUACCAGACUUGAAUCAAUUCACGAUUUGUUUUUGGUCACGAUAUACAAAUCAUAGCGGCGAUCACGUAUUAUUAACCUAUUCGGUUAAGGAUGAACCGCGCGAGUUUCAGUUUUGGGUUUCGAACUCACAAAAUUCCAGUUUUGUUUCGAUGGCCAUAAAAGGUCAACAAAUAUAUAGGCUCAAUUAUCCAUUACGUGUGCGUCAAUGGCAUCAUCAGUGCUCGUCGUGGAACGGGAAAACAGGUGAAUGGCAGGUUUGGGUGAAGUCGGAGCGUAUUGGACGUGGUUUUAACAACGCGUUGGUUAGUCAUACCAUUCCCGCUAAGGGCAAACUCUUUUCGGGCGGACUGUCACCAACGGGUAUUUUAUCCCAGGGCCUACACUUUGAGAUCACUUUGGUACAGAUAUAUCAUAUUGCGCUGAGUGCGGGUAAGGCACACCGCGAUCACAAGCAUCAUCAUGUUCACCACUUCGAUCAUGAGGGACAGGAAUUGUCAACCACUACAAGGGCACCCCCUGCUAUAAACCGGCCAUUACCAAUGCACAGUCUGCUUGCAAGUGGGCAAAUACCAACUCGAGUGCGUCUCAAUCUCGCGCAACCACCGCAGCAGCCGCAACCUACCAUACCAACGCAGACAGUGCCACAGUUACAGAGCGGCGAUAACACUUUAUUCCCACUGUCUGAUCAACAACAAGCCGUCACCAUCAAUACGAACUUUGUGAACGGCCAAAUCAAUACCGGCUCGCGAUUGGUGUCGCAACAGUUACUGGGACAUAUCGUACAGCCAAAUGCGGCGUUGGCAUUGCGACCAAAGACUGUGCAAACUAGCUCAACGACACGCGAAUACAGUACGCUAAAUAACCCAGCCAAUGUGCAGUUUAUAGACGAAACCGAGACACGAAUUCUGUUCAAGCGCCACGCGAAAACCAACAAUACCAAUUCGUUAUUUGGUCAAAAAGUGGUUCGUAAACGAGCUGCGAAUCCAAGGCGGAGACAAACGUUGGAUAAAACAAGUAAAAAUUUACAAAAACGGGGUUUGGUAUUGCUGGAGGACGGAAGUGUUGUGGAUGACCCGUUAUUCGGUAAUAGUUUCAAGUAUGAUGGUUUGGCGGAUUUUGGUGGGCAACAGUUCAAACAGGAUUUAACACAGAAAAUGAACAUCGAAGAUGAGAUUCAGGAACACGAUCGCGAACCAGCUGAGGAAGAAGUGAAGGCGGUAAUGGCGUUGUGUAGUGCCUGUGACACGGAGCCAUUCCAAGGUGCUAUCGUAUUUGCAUGGAAAAAUGCCAAGGAGCAAAUGGAUAACACGCUGAAAGGAUUAAGUGUUGGUGGAUGUGGUAAUUUCUGAUUACCAUGGCUUGGGCAGGAGAGACCGCACUAGUCAGCAGGUUUAUGAGCGCUUGGGGAGAUUGCAGCUGUUUCGUAUGUUGACGCAUUUUAAAACGCAUUUAAUUGCGGGCUUCGACUGAUUGCGCAGUCGGCGUUAUUGGUGGUGCUUGCAUUAACUAGAUUAAUUUGUAGAUAAUAUUCUUUUGUAUUGUAUUUUAUGUACAUAUGUAUGUUAUAUACCUAUGCCUAUUUAAAAUUAUUUUAUUGUAUUUUAUGCUAAUAAAAAUCUCACCUUUGAUUUAUGAAUGUGUUGAUG